AAAGUAAGAGUUUAAUAUAAUAUUUAUUAAACCUGUAGAAGAAUAAGACUGUCUAGUUUAGUGUCCUCAAUUGUUUUCUCAUAAAAAAGUUAUUGCCAAUAUUUAUUAACAUAAUGGAUAUUGACCAAAGAAUUAAUGAAAUGGAGCAAGCAGCAACAAUUUUGUUGAAUCCUUAUCAAGUAUCGCGCGAUAUGCUCAAAAUGUCCGAAAACAUUUUCAUCGUUUUUUCUAAGAGCCAGUUGACAAUUCCACAGUGCUUUCACAUUCUUGAAAACUCAAGAGUCGAACUUGUUCUAUUUGAAACUGUAAAAAUGAUGAAAAACAUUAUAAUAUACGAAUGGCGUGGACUUAAAGAUGAUGACAAAGUUUUACUUCGGCAAAAGUUACUGGACUAUGUUAUAAACAACCAACAGCUUCAUACAUCUGUUGUUGAACGUGUACUACAAAUUGUUUCUAUUAUGGUGAAAAGGAAAUUCCUCGAAGAUGGUGGAGAGGAAUUGAAGCGUCUUUUGGAGACAAUUAAAGAAAUGAUUUUCAAUUCACAAGAACCUCGAGUUCAACAAGUAUCUUGUGCUAUCAUUGUUUCAAUCUUACAAGAGUUCACCAACACAGUAAAGUCGGAAGAUGUUGUUCUAUCUUUUGAAGAACAUUUUCGUUGUAAAAAGAUGUUUGAAACUUCGCGACUUCCAAUUGUGUUUCAAAUGAUACUUGAUGCUCUCGAGCAAUUGAUUCCUAUACUUGAUAUAACUAAUUCCUCGCAUUUUAUAAUGAUGGAAUCGUCUUUGAAGAUCAUGGAGUUAGUACUAAGCUGGAGUUAUAUAACCGCCAUGAUCCCAAAGCGCAUAAUAAAAGCUUUUGAAAACUUGAACAAUAUUAAGCAACAACCAAGUCUUCGUUUGUCUGUUGUUUGGCAACCGCUCAUGUUACGUAGACGCACAAUUGAAAUAUUCUUCAUUAUUUACUGGAGAGUACGUGACCAUGGCAACCUUCAGCAACGUGCAAUUAAUUGUUUAAUACAACUGUCCACACUUUCUGGACCGAUUUUUCAACAGCCAAACUCAAGCUUCACUUAUUUUAAAGAUUAUGUUGAAUUACUUUUAAUGAUGAUGAAAACAAUUGAGAGUGAUGAACGUGAAGCGUUUGGCAUAGCAACAAUUAUAAGAAAACUUCUCAUGAUCCACAAUGUUAAAACUGAGAUGAUAAAAUUGGAAGAAAAUGUAGCAAAAGAGUUUCUCUCAGCAAUGCUCGUUCUUGCUGUUAAAUAUGUUGAGAACAGCCAAUCGGAAAAUUCAGCUUAUGGCGAAACUCUCUACACAGAUGCUUCUAAGUAUAUGUUGGAAGCUUGGCUUGAUGUCAUUAAUCUUGCUGAUUUGGAAUUCACUGAUGAUAUUAAACAUCAUUCUCAAGUUAUUUUUGAAAAGUUUUUGGAAUGUCACAUAAGCGGAUCAAACAACAGUGAUCAGGAAGUGUGUGAUGUGGAAGAGACUGAAAGAGAAGCUUUUAAAGAGCAACUCAUCAUCAUCGGGUUUUUGGGACGUCUCAAUGUUAAUCACGCAUUAAAUUAUCUUGCUGGACAUCUUGAAAUGAAACUUGGAGAGUUAUGCAGUGUUGUUGGCAAUCCUGAAAGUGUAAUUCGUGUUUUUGAUGCUCUUGUUUGGCUUGUGAUGGUAUCAGGACAUGUACUUUGUAUGGAUGCAGUUGGUGAGAAGCCACUUAUUCCUCGAGAAAUAAAUCAACUCAGUCAGAAUCUACAUACUGAAGGAAUUAUUGAUGCUCAAUCAACUCUCAUCUUUCUUCAAAAUUCUGUGAAUCUUCAAAUGACGGACGACAUUCAUCCGUCAAAAUGUGAUCCAGCUAUGAGAAUAUUUUCAGAUGUUUUACGUUUAUGUGAAAUAGAAAAUCGCGCUAUUGAAAGUGGCUUUGGAAGUUCAUGGAGUCCACUGAUAUCGAGUACAAUCUGUUGGUUUAUAGGAAUGUUUACAAACAGCUACUUAUAUGUGGAUGCCAGUUAUUAUUGUCCAUUAGCUCCAAUUUAUAAUGACUUAUUAAUUCCAAAUUCUCCGAGUGCUGCGAGUAGUCGUUGUAUGGAAUUUAUUCUUCGAAAAGUUGCAUGGAACAUGCAUAAAUAUCACCACGAUGUGGACGUUGUUGAAGAGUCUAUUCAUUUAUUCCUUGAUAUUGUAAAUGUUCGCAAUCAAAAGCUCCAAUAUAUUUUGGAAUUGCCAAGUUUUCAGAAUUUGAUUCAUAUGCGAGAUGUUCAAUUGGAUUCAAAAGUCAAACGGAGUGUUUAUAAAGGUCUCGUUAUGGCAACAGCAGCAUUUACAAGUAUUGAACAGAAACAAAAAUGUUUACAGCACUUACUUGAACCAAUUGGAAAUGGAUUUGACAGAGUUGUAACCGAUGGUCAACGUUCUCCCCAUGAGACGUCAGUUCGAGAGUGUUUAUUAGCAGUUCUUGAUGAAAUGACGGGAGUGGCGCAAGGAAUAAAUGGACAAAACUUUUCAUUCGUUUAUCAAGUUUUACGUGAUCGAUUUCAUCGACUUCCUGAAAUGAUGCUUUUAUGGCGAAACUAUCUUGACAUUCAAUGUGCUAUUCUUAAAGUUUUAAUCGAAAUGGCGACCAUUCAAAUGACGACUAGUGGUGCCGUUGAUUUGGCACGUGAUUUCUACGAUGUUUGCUUAAAAUCCAUGCAAUGUUAUAUGGAACAACAAGGACAAAGAUUAGAAAAGAAUUAUAAUGAUGAAGAAGAACAACCUGAUGAUGUUUUGAUGGUUGUAGAACUUUUCAAGAAAUUAACUGUUCAAUAUAUAUUUGAGCCAGCUGAUUCAUCGAUGGUGACCAGUCUGGGAACUGUAAUUUUAUCUAAUUUAAUGCCAAAAAUGUACCCAAUCCUUCAACGUUUCCCCGACAUUACAAUGGCAUACUACAAGAGUCUGAACUGCUUCAUCGAACUUCUUGUUUGUAAUAAUGAACUUCAGAAUCUUCCUGUUGAUCUCAUCAAUCAUUUUCUGUACACAAUCAAAAUAGGAUUGACAUCUUUUGCAUAUCCUGAAAUUCAGGGACUUUCUCUUGAUUUGUUGACGACGUUGGGCGAUUCUAUGAUUAAUGAUCAAGAUAAUAAAUUGGGCAUGAUACGUAACUUGACUGUAGAGCCUUUUGGGAAGCUUUUAUUUGAUGUCAUUGUGACAUUAGACUUGCACAAUGAGAAUAAAAAUGACUGUUAUAGCGCCAUUUAUACAUUAUGCUGUGCAUCAGCUGAUCCAAGCUCAAACUUUUGUCAUGAAACUGUCGCAGCUUUGGUGGAGAGACAGAAAGGACGACUGACUUAUGUGGGAGAAGGUGAAACGCCAGAAGUCGAAGCACUUAAAAUCUUUGCCUUCCGACAUUCACGAGAGCAGAAAAUGGCUUUUAUUGAUCUUAUUGAUAAAUUUAUCUCAAGCAUUUGCUUUCUGUAUCACAAUUAAGAAAGCGGAUGAAGAAAUUUAAGAAAUUGUGACACUUUUUUAACGAUAUUAUAACAUUAAAUUAUGAGUAUGUAAUGUAUGUAUUCUAUUAAAUUAACAAAUUAGGAAAAAAAUCCAAAAUUCCUUCCCUUUUUUGCACACAAUUUUUGAUGAGAAUUGCACCCAAUUAAGUCAAAUAGACUUAAGUAGAAAAAGAUUUUUUACGCUCAUCGUACAAUUCAUUGUAAAUUACAUUUGUAAUUGAAAAGUUUUUUGGUCUCGAACGUCAUUUAAAAUAAAAAUGCUUUUUAAGAAUU